CACAGAGUUAUUAGGGUUUGAUCUCUCUACCUUCAUCGAUUUGGUAUAGCUAAUCUCUUAGCCUAAUCAUGAAAAGUAACAACGAAGAGCCACCGAUCCGUGACGAUCAAGUCGAGAACCGUGGAAAAGACGAUGAAGAGGAAGAUGAUGAAGAUGAUCAGUAUGAGUAUGGAGAUGGGUUUCUAGUGGAUAGUUCUGAAGAAGAAGAAGAAGAAGAAGAAGAACAGAGGCCAUGUCGUGAGAAAAAGAGUGGAGAUAGAAGGAAGAAAGAUGAUGACUUUAGUCUUCACGAAGAUGAUUAUCUUCUUCUAGAAGACAACAACGUCAAUUUCGAAAGAAAGAAGUAUAAACGUUUGAAGAAAUCUUCAGAGGAAGAAGAGGAUAACACCAAUAAUGAUGAUGAUAAUGAUGAUUUGAGUCACUUCAUUGUAGAUGAAGAUGAUGGUCAUGGUGCUCAUGGAGUGAGGAAGAUAAAGAAAUCUAAGCAAGGAACUGAUUCAAAUGAUGAUGAUGAUGAUUUGAGUCACUUCAUUGUAGAUGAAGAUGAUCAUGGAGUGAGGAAGACAAAGAAAUUUAAGCAAGGAACUAGUUCGAACGCUUUACGAUACGCUAAUGAUCUGUUUGGUGAUCCUGAAGAACUGUUGAAGCUUAGGAGAAAGGACUUGGCGUAUAGCCAAAAGAUCGAAAGAAAGCUAGAAGAUGAGUUUGAACCAAUGGUUAUCUCUGAGAAGUAUAUGACAGAGAGAGAUGAUGAAAUUAGGAAGCUUGAUGUUCCCGAGAGGAUGCAGAUAUCUGAAGAAGCCUUUGGAAUCGCUCCCAUGGAUGAAAGUAGCAUUGAAGAAGAGAGCAAUUGGAUUUAUGCUCGAUUGGUUCAAGAACAAGGUCCAUGUUGUUUGGUUAACAAAGAUGACAUUGUGAGAUUUUUGGAGCUGUAUCAUGUGCAGAAGCUAGAGAUACCGUUUAUAGCAAUGUACCGAAAGGAGCAGUGUCCGAGUUUAUUGGAGAGUUCUGAUGAUGGUGGUGAUUUCAAUCUUGACAAGAAGCUUGAGACCAAGUGGCAUAACGUCUUGUGGAUGAUUCAAGAUUUGGAUAGAAAGUGGCUUCUUCUACGGAAACGAAAAACCUCUUUGUUUGGUUACUAUACAAAACGUUUUGAAGAAGAAGAAACCUUCAGGUCUGAUCUGAAUAAAAGUCUUUUUGAGUCAGUUAUCAAGUCUCUUAAAGAGGCUGAAACAGAGAGAGAAGUGGAUGAUGUAGACUCAAAGUUCAACUUGCAUUUCCCUCACGGUGAGAUCGAUGAAGGACAGUACAAGAGGCCGAAUAGGACAUCGCAAUAUAGCAUCUGCAGCAAAUUUGGUAUCCGGGAAUUUGCAAACAAUUUUGGUUAUAGCGGUGAGCAGUUAGGACUGGUGUUGUCUCUUGAGAAAGUUCUUGUUGAUGAGAUUGAAGAUGCAAAGGAAACACCAGAGGAGAUGGCAUUGAAUUAUGUAUGUGCAAUGUUUGAGGAUCCUCAAGCUGUUCUUAAAGGCGCUCGACAUGUGGCUGCGGUUGAGAUAAGCUGCGAGCCGUUAAUCAAGAAGUAUAUUCGCGGGAUUUACAUGGAGAAUGCAGUAGUCUCAACAAGUCCAACACCAGAUGGGAAUGUGGUUAUAGAUUCUUUCCAUCCGUUUUCUUCGGUUAAGUGGUUACGGGAAAAGCCUUUGAGAAAGUUUGAAGGUGCACUUAGUAGCUACACUUAUUCAAAUUAA